UCUUACCAAGAAACAUGAAGGCUAUAAUCGCUCUUAUCGGAAUUGUGCUGCUCGCCUUUGCUGGAGCGAUGGGUACACCUGUUGUUGUUGGACUGCCUCUUCCGCUGCCAAUUGGCGUGGGAUUCGGAAUACCACCGCCUCCACCUCCGUCAUACGGAUACUAUUCGUACCCACAUCACCACCACCAUCAUCAUAAUCAUGGAUACGGCUAUGACUACGGUUAUGGAAACUAUGGAUAUGGAAACUAUGGAUAUUGAGGAACCACUGACUGAAAUUUAGAAUUUUAUAAAAUUUUAUUUAUUUAACUAUUUAUACAAAUAAAGAAAAAGUUAAGCUAAAUAGCACCUUUCCUUUAGAUGUAGAAACAUUUCAUAUUUAAGUACUAUGAUUAUAUGUAUUUCCUAUGGUUAAGAACAAUGCUUUUUCAAAAAAAAUGUGUAAAGCUCAGCUUGAUUUUUGCAACCAAAUAAACUUUCCCUAAGAAAUUUUA